AUGGAACGAGCCAAAGAUGAGAGAGCUGGGUCAACAACAGAUACGCCCACAACUGCGGCCGAUGGCUUAUAUCCCACUAUCGCGCCGAAAAGGAAACAAUUCGGCAUGUUCGCCAUUGUGUCCCUGGCAUUUGUGAUUUGUAAUAGCUGGGCUGGAGUCUCCGGUAGCAUCCAGCUGGCAUUGCUGGCUGGGGGCCCCGUCACCUUGAUCUACAGCCUCCUCAUCAGCGGCGUUGUCUACCUCUGCAUCGCCCUCUCGAUGGCUGAACUCGCCAGCGUCUAUCCAACCGCCGGAGGCCAGUAUCACUUUACGUCCAUCCUGGCCCCGGAUUCCAUACGACGGAGCAUUUCGUAUGCCUGUGGACUCGUAUCGCUGAUGUCGUGGAUUGCACUUGGAAGUUCAGUGACAAUGAUUCCGGCCCAGCAAAUCCCAGCCCUGGUCUCCACGUACAACCCCGGAUUUGCCCCGCAUUCAUGGCAGAUAUUCCUCAUCUACGAAGCAGUUGCGUUGUCGGUGCUCAUAUUCAACCUCUUUGCACUGAAGCGCAAUCCCUGGGUGCAUGAAGUGGGCUUCUGUCUCUCAAUUGCGCUAUUCUUGAUCUCCUUCAUCGGGAUUCUAUCACGCUCAAGACCGAAAGCUACAAGCUCAUUUGUCUGGACUACCUGGAUCAACUCCACGGGUUGGCCCGACGGCAUCUGUUUCAUCUUGGGUCUGUCGACCUCCUGCUUCAUGUUCAUCGGUCUGGACGCAGCCUUACAUUUGGCGGAGGAAUGUCAAGAUGCUGCUCGUACGGUGCCCAAGGCCGUGACUAGUGCUAUCAUCAUCGGGUUUUGCACAGCAUUUCCAUACACAAUUUCCGUUCUUUAUGGAAUCACAGAUAUCCAGUCUGUUCUAACUUCGACCGGAUAUACGCCGCUGAAAAUAUUGAAGCAGUGUCUUCAUUCAGCCGACUUUGCCACAGCCAUCACCAGUGGAGGCAUUGUCAUGGCGUUCUUCGUUCUCAAUGCCAUCCAAGAAACUACUUCGCGACUAGCUUGGAGCUUUGCUCGCGAUGGCGGGCUAAUCUUCUCGGACUCGUUGGAACAGAUACACCCUCGUCUACAGGUCCCAGUCUGGAGCCUGCUCCUUACGUGGGGGCUUUUGGCAGUCUGUGGAUGCAUAUUUAUGGCUUCCAGCACAGGCAAGUCCCUCCCUUUCAAUGCUCUGGUCAACUCGGCGAUUGUGCUUCAGCAACUCUCGUUCCUCAUCCCUCUGGCCCUGCUUCUUUACCGGGGGCGGAGUGCAAAAUUCUUGCCUCCAAGCCGUGCGUUUGCGCUACCACGGGGAUUCGGAAUGGCGGUUAAUGUCCUGGCGGUGCUCUGUACGGGGGUGACCACCUUCUUUUUCAACUUCCCCGUCUUGCUCCCGGCGACGGGGUCAAACAUGAAUUACACCUCGGCGAUUCUCGGAAUUGGAGGGAUUUUGGGUGUUGUCAAUUGGAUUCUGUACGCGAGGAAGCAUUACCGAGGACCCCAAAUAGAGCUCGAGAGCCUGGCUGUCAGAGUGGGCCUUUGA